AACUGCCUUUUGCAUCUCACAGUGGUUCCUCAGGAGCGUAAAAUAGGAGAAGUGAAACCGAACAUUCACCCGUGAAGCAGAGGAGAGGAAGAGCCCAGAGGCCCUUUGUUUGGGGCCCGUUAUUUUCUAGUCGGCCACAUGCAGGGCCUGGCCAUGAAGGGUCUCACGGUGGCCGUCCUCGUCUGGACUCUGAUAUCUCCCAGCAGCGGCACCAAGGGCUGGCCCACACACACGGUCUGCCGGGAUGGGAACCUGGAAGUGCUCUACCAGAGUUGUGAUCCAUUACAAGAUUUUGGCUUUUCUGUUGACCAGUGUUCUAAACAUUUAAAGUCAAAUCUCAACAUUAGAUUUGGAAUGAUUCUGAGAGAGGACAUCAAAGAGCUGUUUCUUGACAUAGCUCUCUUCACUAAAGGAUCGUCCAUUUUGAAUUUCUCCUAUCCCAUCUGUGAGGAGGAUCUACCCAAGUUUUCUUUCUGUGGAAGAAGGAAAGGGGGAGCAUGCUACCAAUCUGGUUUUAUUCUUCAAGACUUUUCUGGGGCCUGCCUCAUCCCACUACAGGGAUGCCUUGGAGCGCAAGAGGCUUGGCCCAGCCCAGCGGUUCUCAAACUCACACAUAUAUCUCAUCACCUGGAGGACUUGUCAACUGCACCCCCAAUUUUCAAUUUAGUACAUCCACAAGUCCCCAGACGAGGGGCCCCCACCUUGAGAACCACUAGCUUAGUUAGGGAUAAGCACAGGGUUUGAAGCUGCACAGAGGUAGACCAUCACUGCCACGCAUGUUUAUGUGACUGCAAACAAACUACUCAAUCUCUCUGAAAAGCAUCCCUUUCUUCCUGUGUACAAUAAGGAAAAUACAAGUGACCUCAUGGGACUUUUAGAAGGAGAAGACAUGGUAAUACAUGCAAAGCCCUUAGAGCAGAGUCCGGCACAGAGUAAGCACUCUGUGCAUGAUAAAUGGAAGCUACUUCAUGCAGCUGAUUAGGGAUUUCUCAAGCAAGGGCUCUGGGCCCCUGAAGUCAUCCAUCUCAGAGUAGAAGUCUGCAUUUUAACAAGGCCUUCAGGGGCAGUAGAGCUUUCGAGGUAAGAGGAACACAACUCUAGUCCAAGCUGCGUACCCUCUGGUGGCUGACACAGGGGAGUCUCCGUGGGCUCUUCGUGUCUUGGGAGAGAGCUCAUUUGCAUUUUUCCUGGCACUGGACAUUUGAAGCAUCAUCUUCACCUUUAGCCCUCCUUCUCUUCAUGUUUUAUUCUUUGCCUGCUUCCUUCGAGCUGCUGUGGAUUUGCUGGUCAGUCGCCACUGUAGCAAAGUGAUGGAGAAAGUCAACAAAAACAGAGGUGUGUGAUGUACUAGCAGAAAACUCAUGCUCUUAAACUGUAAAAAACAGAAGUCAGAACGAUGGUCACCCUGGAGAGGGUACAAGCAAUGACCAAGCAAAAGAGGAC